GGGGCGUGCUGUACAUUCCGCUUUUCUGACUGUUUACUUCCGUCAAUAUUCAAAGACAAGCAGAAAAUAUCAACAUAACAAAGGAACCGCUCAGGUGUAACAAAAUGCCAUUCUUGGGCCAAGACUGGAGAUCUCCGGGCUGGAGCUGGAUCAAAACUGAGGAUGGAUGGAAACGCUUUGAAUAUUUUGGCUUGGGAGAUAACAUCAAUGAACUCAAUUUGGGAGAGUUAGACAAUGAUAACAAGGAGAACGUCUUUGUGGGAGAUGUUUGUGAAGUCGCUACCAAGAAGAGAAAAAAGGACUUUUUCAACAACAACACAAAAUCACAAUUUUUGUUUCAAGAGAAAUGGAUUUAUGUUCAGAAGGAGAGUACGAGAGAGAGGCAUGGAUACUGUACACUUGGUGAGGCUUUUAACCGUCUGGAUUUUUCCAGUGCCAUUCAUGACGUGCGUCGAUUCAACUAUGUAGUCAAACUUCUGCAGUUGAUCGCCAAGUCCCAGCUGACAUCUUUGAGCGGAGCUGCUCAGAAGAACUACUUUAAUGUCUUGGAGAAGAUUGUAAAGAAAGUUCUGGAUGAUCAUCAGAAUCCACGACUGAUCAAGGCGUUGCUGCACGAUCUCAGCUCCACCCUCUGCAUCCUCAUGCGAGAGGUUGGGAAAUCUGUGCUGGUCGGCAACAUCAACAUUUGGGUCUGCCGUUUAGAAACUAUCCUCAACUGGCAACAGCAGCUCAACAAUUUACAAAUUCCAAAGAAUGUUUCAAAAGGGAUGACGCUCAGUGACCUCCCUCUGCACAUGCAAAACAACAUCCUGUACAAGUUUUCUGAUGCCUGUGACAUCAUCAACCUGGGACAAACCACACCAACAUUGCACAUGCUCAGUGAGGACCGGCAUCUGUGGAAGAAAUUGUGCCAAUUUCAUUUUGCCGAGAAACAGUUUUGCAGACACUUGAUCCUAUCAGAGAAGGGCCAUGUCGACUGGAAGCUGAUGUUUUUUACGCUUCAGAAAUAUUACCCUCAGAAAGAACAGUAUGGAGACACACUGCAGUUCUGUAGGCACUGUAGCAUCCUCUUCUGGAAGGACAGACACCUGGCUUUGCUCUUUAAGGAUUCGGGACAUCCAUGCACAUCAAAUGAUCCAGACAGCUGCCUCACCCCUGUCUCACCCCAGCAUUUCAUAGACCUCUUCAAAUUCUGAGAUUCACAAUGUUCUUGGAUCCGUCACCUUACGAUCUUCUAGGGAACAGCUGCAAAACCUCUAACCAAGACUAUGAACCUGAUUAAACUCUUCAAAUCCAACUUCUCCUUAUUUCACUGUGUUCCAAAAUCACGUCUAUCAUCUCAUCUCUCUUCUGACCUUUUUUCUUACCCAAAAAUUUAAGGGCUUAUAGAAAGGAUGUCAUAAUGUUCGCAUUUACUUCUUGUACCAUUUACUCUGAUUAUAAACUGUUCUUCGAGCACAGAUGUAUUGGAGCUGAAGGGCAAAUAAUAAAGGUUGCUUGGUGAAAACAAAAGGCAAAACAAACUAUUCCCAAAAGAGUGAGACGAAACGUCUGGGAGAUUUCCUAUAGAGACUCUGUUGUCUUUUACGUUUGUAUUUUCGUUUCGGUGGCAGUGGAAUGCACGUCAGACGUAGCUGUACUUCAAUGUUUACGUGAGGUCCUGUGUUUUGUUGUGCUGUGCGUAUAUAUUUGAUGUCUUGACACUAAAGGGUACAUUUGCUGCACAAAACAACUUUAUACAAUACACUUUUGUCAAGUCUGUCACGAGGGCAAAUGGAAAAUAUAAUGUAAGCUUUGCUAUUUAUAAACAAAUGUAUUUUUUAUCCUUUCUCUGAACUUUGUAAUAUUCCUUUACUAUUCCAGUAAUAUAAAUGUCAUUGAGAUGGCUAAGUUGUAGGAUGUGUUUGGUACUAUCAAACCUUUACCAGAAACAAGGUAAAAUAAAACUUUGGGAACAAAAAA